AUGGCGUCCAGAAAGAAGGGUACUGUUUUCCGGGUAACCGGUCUCCCAGCCUCUCUGCCUGACGACGAGCUCAACCAAGCGUUGAAGGCUGCCAUCAACGACAACCUAGAGAAGGACGAACCGUCGAAGGUGACCCCCAAUACAGCUAUUGUGCCCUCCUGCAACGACAAUGACGAAAAAGUCGCGCUAGUCGAGUUCCACGGCGGAGUGCCUGCAUUCCUGUCGGAGCUGAUGGUCAACCCGUUAGGCGACUGCCAGGUAGAGAUGGGCGACAUAGACAUAAAUUUCGACCAACACUUCUUUGGGUUCACCCAGCUAUACGCACUAGAACCAGGCUCGCCAGCUACCGCUGAUAUAAUCGCUAUCACGGGCCUCAACGGACAUGCAUAUGGCUCGUGGAAGGGAAAGGGAAACCUCGGGCGCAUGUGGCUCCGCGACUUCCUCUCGAAAGAUCUGCCGCACUGCCGAACAAUGAUUUACGGCUAUAAUUCAAAACUCUCGAGUCAUGGCAUAAAUACUAUUAUGGAUUAUGGACGAGAGUUCUUAGAAGCUAUUAAGAGGAUCCGGCAUACACGAGAGGCAAGGUGCAUCGCGAGAUGCCUUGUAAAAGCGGUGCAGACAGAUGAACGCGACAAUGCAACAAUUGCCGCUUUGUAUAAAGCAACAUACGGCAUAUUAUUCUUCGGUGCCCUACACAAAGGACUCGUUAUCGACGAUAUCCAACGUAUGGUAGCAGGAAAGGAUCAGCACCCGAGGAUAGAGUUGCUUGAGCAGAUUAAACUAAAGUCUAAUCUGUUAUUAUAUCAGCUCACGGACUUUAAGAAUCUGAUCCGUGAUCGGAAGAUUGUCAGCUUUUACGAGGGGCAACAGACAAGACGACUGCAGCUGAACCCCAAGACAAACAAAUGGGGCCGAACAGGAGAAUAUAUGACCGCUGUCGAGUCUAGCUCGGCUCUUCUCGAACUUCCCGACAGCACCGAGAUAAAGAUUCCAGUUGAUGCAGACCAUUCUCAAAUUGUCAAGUUCGACAAUCGCAAUGCCGAAGCAUACAAGGCUGCGGUUGGUUAUUUGAAGGAAUUUGAACAAGAUGCUAGGAAAAUUGUUCUGGACCGAUUUUCGCCUGCGUCGAGAAAGAAACCCCCACGAUCAACCGUUCCAUUCGAUAGGGAUACAAAGUUCGUUGGGAGACAAGAUGCUCUUGCAGCUCUAGAAUUGCGGUUCUGUCAAUCUAACUCCCAUAAUCGGACAGUCCUUGUGGGUUUAGGUGGGGUAGGCAAAUCACAAAUUGCAAUUGAAUUCUCGUAUCGGCUGAGAGUGAGGGACCCUCAAGUAUGGGUCUUCUGGGUGUAUGCAAGUACCGCCGAGCGAUUCGAACAAGCUUACAGAUCCAUCGCUACUGAACUUGAACUACCAGGUGCAGAUGACCCAAAGACGGACGUGUUGGGCCUAGUCUUAAGAUGGUUGAGCAACAUCGAUAAUGGCCGCUGGCUUAUCAUUCUCGAUAAUGCUGACGAUAUCGACAUGUUUCAACAGACGCAAGGGGAGGGAUCUCAAAAAUGGAAUGACACUGCCUUUCCGUUAUCGAGUUACAUCCCACUGACUAUAACUGGAUCAGUACUCCUUACCACACGAGACCGAAGAGCAGCAUCUUGGCUCAGUACUGGAUACACGAGCGUCAUUUUGGUCAAUUUGAUGGAGCUGGAGGAAGCCGACCAGUUACUUCGCAUUAAUAUCCCUGAAGGUAUAUCUACUAGCUCUGAUCGUGCCGAGCUUGUUAAAGAGCUGGACUAUCUACCACUAGCAAUUACUCAAGCCGCUUCAUAUAUUAGCGCGAAAGCCAUUCGGAUGAGUGUGUCUAAGUACUUGAUGCUCUAUCGUCAAAACGAACAAAGUCAAACCAGGCUACUUGACGAAGAAUCUGGGGAUCUAAGACGGGCUCCUGGCGUUCAUAAUUCUGUGAUCCGGACCUGGCAAAUCUCCUUCGACCAGAUUAAGCGGAGCAAGCCACAAGCUGCAGAGCUUUUGUCCCUCAUGGCUAUGCUCGAUCGCCAAGGGAUUCCCGAAUUCCUCCUUUGCGCCCAAUACCACACUCCCCUCGAUUUCGAAGACGCUCUAGCCCCUUUAGAUGAGUUUUCUUUGAUCACUAUUAAGAAUGGAGGUAAGGCCUUUGAGAUGCACAGGCUUGUGCAACUCGCAACACGGCAGUGGCUAGAGCGAUCUGGGGACAGCGAAAGAUGGCGGAGAGAGGCAAUCGAAGUGGUGGCAAAAGCUUUUCCAGGUGGAGACUAUGGAAACUGGAAGACGUGUGAAGCUUUGUCACCACAUGCUAUUAAAGUGCUCAAGUAUGAGCUAGAGUCAAACCAAUCUAUGCUUGAGCGUGCAUCCCUCUUGUAUAAUAUGGCUUGGUACAACUGGCUUCAGGGUCGUUAUGAAAUUGCGAAGGCAGAAAGCCAGGAAUCUCUUACUACUCGUCAACAUCUUCUACAGGAUGAUAACACGAGAAUCUUUGAAAGUAUCGGGAUGCUUGCCUUAGUACUCGAUAGCCAGGGCAAGUACGACGAGGCUGAGGCCAUGCACCGAGAGGGGCUCCAGCUCAGGACAAAAGUGCUCGGCCAGAAGCACCCCUCUACGCUCAUGACCAUGAACAACCUCGCUUCAGUGCUCUAUAGCCAGGGCAAGUACAAUAAGGCUGAGGCCAUGUUACGAGAGGGGUUCCAGCUCAGUACAGAAGUGCUCGGCCAGAAGCACCCCUCCACGCUCAAGAGCAUGAAAAACCUUGCUACAGCGCUCCAUAGCCAGGGCAAGUACAACGAGGGUGAGGCCAUGCACCGAGAGGAGCUCCAGCUUAGUACAGAAGUGCUCGGUCAGAAGCACCCUUCUACACUUAUGAGCAUGAACAACCUCGCUUCAGUGCUCAAUAGCCAGGGCAAGUACGACGAGGCUAAGGCCAUGCACCAACGAACUUUAGAAGAGAGGAAGAAGGUGCUUGGGGUAGAGCACAAGGACACACUUACUAGUAUGGCCAACCUAGCCUCUACUUUGUACAGUCAAAUGCAGUGGAAGGAGGCCGAAGAUAUGGAGGUGCGAGUAAUGGAGACGAGACAACGAGUGCUUGGGCAUGAACACCCUGACACGCUAAUAGCCAUGUCUAACCUUGCGUUUACGCUAAAGUCCCAAAGCCGAAAUAAUGAGGCUAUUUCACUGAUGGAGAUAUGCUUUCAGCUGGAAGAACGGGUCCUUGGCCGUCAUCAUCCUAACACAGAGACUUCCCUUGAAACUUUGAAUGAGUGGCAGAUGGAGAAUGUAGAGCCAGGCGUUUAAUGCUGCAUUAAUUAGAAGAUAGAGAACCAUUGCAAAUGGACCGAGUAGUGCAAGCAUGGUACGAGAAAUAGUAAAUUAAUAAAAGCGACUUAGCACCAUAUACCAC